GACAUUGAAGUAAUACGUGGAAGAAAGAGGUCAAUAAAUGACAAUCAAUCAGCAAACAAAUGUACAAACAUGGCUGCAGAUCAGCUACUUCUGUCCGCUGUGUCUCUGAUAUCAGCGCUGCAGAUGGGUUACAUCACUCGCUGUGUCACGCUUUCGAGGCGCAAGCACAACGUUAUACCUCCUGCAGUCACAGGACCUGCGGAGUUUGAGAGAAUCUUCCGGGCUCAACAGGACUGCGUGGAGAUCUACCCCCUCUUCCUGGUUGUGUUGUGGAUCUCUGGAAGCUUCUUCCAUGAAGCACUGGCAGCUGUUGGUGGUCUGCUGUUCAUUUUUUCCCGCCAAAUGUAUUUUAACGGUUACGUCAACUCUACGAAGAGCAGAUUACCGGGGUUUUAUCUGUCCCUGGGGGCUCUCGUCUUGCUGACAGCGACCGGGGCCGCCGGCCUUCUGCGUCAGUUUCUUGACGACUACCUUGACGUCAACAUGCACAAGGUUUUCAAGAGUUAGCGAGUUUGCCUGAAGACACAUUGUCGCUUCGUCCAGAUCCAUAACUUUUGGGGGAAGCUUAAAGCGAACUUUUCUUCAAGUACUGAGCUGCAAGUCGGUUUCCUGCAACGCUACCAGAUGCUGAAGUGGUUUUUUUUUCUCCUUUUAUUUUUCUUUCAAUUUUUUCUUUUUUUAAAAUUUCAUCUGUAGCUCUCCCACACAUGAAACAGUGAUGGAAAUAUUUCCAGAACAAGAGAUGUCCAGCCCAGGAGGGAAUGGAGCAUAUACUCGGGUAUGCAGAGGCACAAACAGGUUAAAAUUAAAUAACAAAUAUCAGACUUCUGCUCUUUGGGAGGGGAGGGGGAAAAAAAAUCACUGCUCCAACAAACAAAAUCUGUCUUGUGACAACAAAAUAAAUAUAAAAGUUGGUCUUGACACUGAUUUUCAGGUACAAUGAACAAAGACUGCUCACAAUGAUGUAACUGUAUAAAUAGACAUUAAAUUGUCAAUAAUGUAUUAAAAAAUUUUAUAUAUGAA